GCGGAUGGAAAACACUCCUGUCUAUUGUUGAGGUGCCUAUUUGCCAGCAGGGGUGAUCAUCAGUUUUGCGUAUAGAGACAGCGUCGUCCUUCCCCCACCGCCUCUUUUUUAACUUCUGGCAGAAGUGCGGAUGUGAGUUGCAUAUCGAUACGGAACAGGAGGCCACUACUUUUUUUUUUCGCAAUGCGUGCUUAGGCUAUGAUCAUUAUUGUGGAGCUAUGAAUCCAGAGGAGCAGACUGUAACGUGGUUAAUAUCAUUAGGAGUGCUUAGUUCACCUAAAAAGAACAUAGCGGACCCGGAGGAGUUCCUGAAAACCUCGUUGAAGGAUGGGGUCGUCUUGUGCAAGCUCACGGAAAGGCUCAUACCUGGUUUCACUCCCAAGGUGAGUUAAGUAAUCUCAAGUUAACUAAAUGCCAAAUGAUCGACGGCUCCCGGUGAACGGAAGGGAGGGGUUUGAUCAAAAUGAUACCGACAUGAACUUCUCCCAGCAGCUGCAGGCCUCCGUUUUUUUAGGGCUCAGUACACUAGCCGUGAAGUUUACCUCCCCGCGUGUUUUUAUCCUCUUUAAUAUGUGUUGCACUGACUUUAAGAUUCGUUAAUGUUUUGCGUGUUUUCAAACGUUUGAUUUUAAGAUGCGGUUUCCUGUGAAGCGAGGAAAAUGUUCCGCAUUCUUGCUGUGAGUCGGUGUGCAGACCCGUAUACAACAUGAGACAUUUGAUGUAGAAAAACUGUGAAUAUAAACCGUGUUGGAGCAGUCGAGGAACGGGACUUACUUCAACUUUUUAACAACUUGGCAAAGUAACGUCAAUAACACGCAUAAGUGUAAUGGUAGAGAUGACAAAGUUGAUAAUGAUAAACAACAGUUGCAAAGACUUUUCGUCACUUCCUCUUCAAAAGGCUCUUCCCGGUGCGACCUCCCCCUUUGACAAAGCAGCAUCAAUAAGCACGGGUGGAAACCGCCUAGGACUGACUUUUACUCUCUCUGCUUGCUCACAAGUUUUUGAUAAGAAGAAAAUAAAAAAACAAAAAGGUUUAUAUUAACCAGCUGCAAACAGACAGAGUUGACAUACAUGGAAAUUCAGUAAUUCCUAACUUGAAGGAGAAAAGCAACCAAAGAGACAGUCAAAAAUGUAAAGAUAUAAUAACCAGAGGAAUUGCUAAACAUUUGCCUAUUCCAAUAACAACACAAAAAGAAACAUUCCAUAUCUGACCUACUGUGUUGAAAUGUGGGGAAGUACAUGCAAAACUUCCAUCCAGCCAUUUUUAACUUUACAAAAAAGAGCAAUAAGUCAAUACAGAGAUCCUUCAAACCCAUUAAUUGUUAAAUUGCAGUUGUUGGAAUUCAGUGAGUUAGUAGAUUUCAGUAUGUUGCAGAUUAUGGAUUAUGAAGUUUUUUAUAAUUUAAAAGGAUUUGAAAUAUUUAAAAAGCCAAGAUUCAGAACUAAACUGAAAGAGCGCUGUGUUAUAGUGAGAGGAAUAAGUUUGUGGAACAACGUGAACAGAUAAACUAAAGAAGCUAAAUCAAAUUUUAUCUUAAACAAAAAAAGUGUCAAAGCCAGUAUGUUGAGUAAAUACAGGGAAAUAUGUUAAUCUAAGUCUUGGUAUGUUUGUUUUGUGAAAAAAUGUGAAUUAACAUGGUCUUUUCUGUUCGUUUUGUCGGUUGUUUUCGAAAUAAGAGAUAAGAAAUAUUGAACUGUGAAAAAGCAUGUUGGCCUGCAGCUCUUGUUUAUUUUCAUUAUGUGUGUUGAUUAAUAUAUUAUGAAAGAGGGGCAGACUCUGUAAGAGUUUUCUUCUUUCUGCUCCUUUUCAUUCAUGUUUGAGAUUUCUCCAUGUUUGUAUUGAAUGUUUUAAAUAUUAACUAAAUGAAAUAAAGUAUGAAAAUGAAAAAUGAAACACAUAAAGAAACUAGAUGUACUAGCUCGUAAAAUCUUACCCCUACUCCACAGGCCAGUAACUAAAUAAAUAAGGAAAAAAAAUUCUCAAACUGAUGUAAAUGGCCUUGAUUAAUCAUGGUUAAAUCUGUUGAUUUUGUCAUACAAAAUUUAAAACAUCUCAUUAUUAGGGAUGCACCGAUCCGAUCCGAUACUUAAUAUUGGUAUUGGUCCUGAUACUGAAGAAAAUUCUAUGUUGGGUAUCGUGACAUUGGGCCCGAUGCAAAUGGGCUGAUCUAUUCAGUCUAACUCUAUGCUAUGCACCAUGGGUGACAUCCACAAGUAAACAUGCUGAGUGGAUGCAGUGGUAAAACUUCAAGUUACAACAAAAGGUAAUUGAGCCUGUAUUGGAAUUGGAUCGGUAUUGGCCGAUACUAAACUGUAGAUAUCUAUAUCGUAUUGGAGGUGAAAAAAGUGGAUCGGUGCAAUCCUACUCAUUAUACACUAAAUAUCAUGUCUUCAUAAUAUAGAGACUUUUCCAAGUACAUGAUAUUCUAUAACCUUAAUUUAAGAAAAAAAAAAUGAUUGUCACAAUUAAAAAUAUAUAAUUCUAAAAAUUAAAACCAGACACGGUUUAGAGUUUUACAAGAUGUUGUCCUUACUUAUUCUACUUAUUCUACAAAUGCGCUUUUUUCUUCAAGACUUUUAUUUUGAAAAUAUUGGCGGAUGUGCUGCCUCAAUGUCGCGUCUUAACGUAGGCUGUUUAGUGUUUAAUGGUUAUGUGUGCAUGAAGGAGACGCAGGAAGGCUCCACAGUUAUUUUGCUCACUGUAAGAGACCUUUUUUGCACUACUACAACAAUGUUUCUCUGUGCUCCGUCUGUAAAUGAGCUAAUACGACUGUAACAUCGCUCUUUGUUGACUACUCGGAUCUUGAACUGCCAUUUAAAGAGGUGUCUUAAUACACUUAUUCUCUGUGUGGGUGCUUAGUAUUCCCAGGACCCAAGAACUGAAGCCGACUGCAUUUCCAACAUCAGGGAGUUUUUGAGAGGAUGCUCGUCCUUAAAAGUGGAUGUAAGUAGGCGAAAUUGUCAAUUUUCACGUCUAAGUAUGAUAUUUUGACUCUGGCUGACCUUUGUUUUCAUUAUCUGCUUAUUAGCCCUCUUAGCCCACUGCAGUUUAUGCAAACAAAAGACUUAAACUCUGUCUCGCUUGUGUUGUUAUCUGCUUACCUUGCUGACAUAUGCUUUCCUCUCACGUCCAUGCUGUCAGUCACCCCCCUGAGCAGACAGGAAGGUUUUGUUGACCAUAAUAAGCAUUACCUCAGUUUCUAAAUGACCACAAUUAAGUUUUUAACCCCUCCAUGCCGCAGUGACACUGACAUUGGUUUGUUGCUGCAUGGUAAAAACUCGCACCCUGCUAGAUUAUGUCCUAAUAUUAGAGGAGAAAUCAUGUACAGAUGUUGGGAGUUUUCUGUGUUUGCUUUAGAAGCCUGUUUUUGACCACAUUACUGGACAGUAAUUUCUCCUCCAGCUUUAUAAAUACUUCUCUCUGGUCUUGAAUCACAUCUGAUGGUUUCUUUAAACAGCUAAUUGAGUCAGCAAGCCUGGCUUACUGCAAAGUCAAGUGGUUCAGUAGUUCUGCCCAGCUGGCUUGUUAUGUCUGGGAGGUCCCCUUUUCUUUCAUCCACCAACCCUGCCUUAGCCCAUAAUUAGACCUUUUGUGGCCAGCUAGUAGCUCAUGGGCAGAAGUUUUUUUGGACAAUCCACCGUCAAAUGCAUCGGCCAAGUGAUGUCUGUGGUGCUACAGCUAGCCCUGCCCGUGCCCAUCCUUUGGUCAGUGAUGUGAUCAUGGUUAGGAGGAGUUUUCUCUCUUUUCUGCCUUAGAAAAUAGUGCUUGUUUGUCCUGUGACUGCACAAAGAGAGCAGUCAUACUGCUUUCACUUCUGCCCUCAGAUGCAAAAAGAGGAAGCACACAUUACUGCCCGAGGCCUGCAAUUUUUUUUUUUGCUUGCUCCAAAAUGAAUGCCAUUAACUUCAUAUACUGCUACAGUUGCGCAGAUUAGCAUAGAUUUAUGGCACAACUGAGGGCAACCACUGGCCGAGAUAUCAAUACUGGCAACAACUAUCUCUGAUUGGAAUCAUAGCUACGCUGUAAAACUGAGCUACUCAUUGUUCUGUCAAUGCAAACAGGGUUUUCAGUUCAUCAGAGACUUUCCAUUUUCCUUCUCUAUCAGUGCACUCAUCCCUAAGUUUCGUGCGUUGUCAAUACUGAGUAAUUCUUAUGCAGUAAAAUGGUUUAAAAACAGAUGGUCAGUUUUUUCAGGUAUGCUUAUUUUUUACUUUACAGGGUUAAUUUGUAUAGUUUAAAGAAAGCCUUAAACACAUGGUAGGAUGACAGUGAUUGCUGAGAUUUUGCUGGAAACCAACCACCAUCGUGCUGCAGCCAUUAUAAACUAUGAAUGAAGAGUGUUCUGGAUAUUUAGAUGAUGAAAAGCAACCUGAAUAAGCCUGAAAGACCCUCAGACUGAGCCCUCACCUGCAGAUGUAACGGCCACACCUGCUUAAAGUCCGAAUAGGGUUCUCCACAACUCAGGACCAAGGCUGUACUACUCAACCUCUAUAUUUAAGAUGUUUUAUUUAAAAUGUGAAACCUUAUCCAGUGGAGGAAAGGAGAUAGCUGUCUGAACCAGAGCAAGCAAGCAGUGUCAGUGUGUGUGUGUGUGUGUGUGUGUGUGUGUGUGUGUGUAUAAGCCAGCCAAUCACAAACAUGCCUAGCCCUGCCUUUUUUUUAUUACACACCACAGAAUAUGGGUCACGCUCGACAUAUCAGUUUUUAUCUUUGUCUUGUCACAGGCUUAUUCAAAUCCCUAUGUCUGUUACUCUGUGUGUACUUGUGUGUACGUACGCCUGUCAAUUCUAUUGUUUGUUUCAGCCUACAGUUAGAGUCCCACUCUCCUGCUGUCUCCACAUUGCAGCCUGUGUGCACUUCACAAACAUUAACCCUCCAAUCACAGCAAUCAGUAGAGAAAAGAUCCUAUUUUAGUUCUCUGUUUUUCUGAUUGACAUAUAAAGUGAUGGGAUUUGAGGUUUGUGAUCUAACAGAAACUUCUUCAUGUCUUUUUUUAUCCAGGGGUUUGAACCAGAGUGUUUAUACACCGGUGAGAACUUCGGCAAGGUACUGACCACUCUGCUGGCGGUCAAUUUCGCCACACAAGGUAAGAGUUUUACACCUUCUGUGCACCCCACGCCUCUGGGUAUGACCUUUUUUAUACAUAGAGGGGCCCUGGGGAGUAUCUAACAAGAAGCCAAAAAUUAGACAGACAAAAGCAACAACAUAGGAAGAGACGAAACAGUUCCUACAGAUCCUGCUGUUGAGACAUUAUGAAGUCUGCACUUGUUGAGAAAGGGAAAACCAAAAGACAAUAUCGGCAAUUGAUAAAAUUGAAGUGAUAAAAAAUGAAGUAAAAAAGAAAGGUUUAAACCAACAUUGGGGCUGCUCUCAAGAGUAAAAUAGAAGUGAAUAAAAGAGAUAAUGAAGAUAUUGCAACUAUGAACUAUGCCUAAUUAAAAACAAGGGUGAAAAGUGAGUCGUUUUUUUCUGUUUUGAUAAUUAGUGGUAAAAGUGGACUUACUGUAAAGUGGUAGACUAUUCAAGAGCUUGAAAACCAGGGCAAAUAGAGGUACAUUUGAUGCUAGUCAGGGGAAAUAGAUCAAGAAAAGAUUGAUGCAUUACAUUGAUAAAUUCAUAGACAGUAUAAAAAGAUGAGUUUUGAAGGUUAACCUCCUAGCUAACAGCUGUAAUAUGCCUGCCCAUCAAUUAAGUCAAACAGGCCCCCCAGUUUUGUCAAAAGCAGUUUUUGUACCAGGCUGUAAACAUGAUCAUCUCUGCUGUAAAGAAAGACUUUUUAACACGGGUGUCAGUGAAGUCUCUAAGACUUUUGGAGCCCCCCUCUCAUGUGGAACUACAGUUUUUUUUGCAGAGGUUUCAUACUCUAAUGUUGGAGGUUACAGCUUGGUUUAAUCCUGCUCAGAAUUAUGAGCGUUCAUCCUUUUACUCUGACAUGAUGCUCUAAUGAAACCCUCUCAGACAGUAAGUUACCUCAAGACGGAGCUUGGUAUUACUAUCUUCAGCGCUCAGGUGACAUUCUUGCUUUGUGUAUGAGUGAUGACAGUGUUCAUUUUUCACAGAUUGUGCUCAUGAAGCCAUUUUAAACGGUUAUUGGGUGUGUAACCCAUGGGCAGCUUGUGUGGCAGUGUGCGCCUGUGUCAUGCUGGGCGGCAUAUUCACUCAUGUGCAUCCACAGCUUGGAUGAUAUCCUCAUUUGUUCAGUUUAAUAUUGUUUUUCCCCCCACACACUUUAGUUACGUUUUUAAUGAAGCAAAAUGCAUAAUGUAACAAAAAAUGAAUGCACAGUUUCUAGACACACAUACACUCUUUUCUCAGUACAUUUGUUACAUAAGGGUGCAGCAUGAAAGGGUUUAGUGCUGCAGCAGCCCCACAGUAAUUUGGGGCUCAUUACCUAACUCCAGAGUCCAUGUUUGGGGGCAUCGAGGAGGUACCCAGCACUAAACCAGCAGCUACACAGCUUUAUGGCAAAUAUUUAACACCCGCUUAAUAGUUUGUGCAAAUUUCUGUCUCAUCACUCCAGCCAUACUCAUGUGAACACUAUAUGGUACUGUGGUCCUCUGGUUGUAUCUGUUGAGUGCUAUUGGGUGAAGUGGCGAAUGGCUGUCAUUCUGAUUUGUAGAUGAGGAAGCUCUCGCCAGUGUGGGCUCUUGUUUGAAAUGCAAAUCCCUUGCAUGCUGUCUUUACCCAGCAGCUGUUUUCCCAUCCUCAAAAGUGAACUUGAUUUGAAGUGGAUUAGUCUCAAGUUAGAAGAUCUGAUCAAACAUAAGGGGCUUGUUUUUUUUUUUUCUUUUUACCCAUGAUCCUCUUUCAAGCCCAGCUUUGCUUUUUGCCAUAUGUGCUUCUUUGCGCAGCCUUUAUAUUAGUUUUUGGUGAACGCUUUCGUGCAUUCCCUGCAUAUAUGGAAAAAUAGACAACAGUUGUAAGAAAUUACAGAGCUGAGCUGACAGAAGGGCUUGUUAGGCUGCUCUGUGUGCGUGUUUGGAUAGUCAUGUGGGAUUCAUGAGCCUCUCCUGCAGAGUGUGUUCACUGUCCUGCUGCCUUCAGGGUAUUUUUCAUCCCAGAAGUUGGGCUGCCUUGAGUUUUCAACAUAUGGAAGACUAUGGGGGAUCUGCAGCCUUAUCUUAACUUCACAUACAUUACAUAGACUCAUGCUAAACUGCUGAUAGAUUCAAAGUGAACAAAAGAUGUACCGCAGUAUUUCUGAGUCCCAACCCUCGAUAGAUUUAUAUUAGAAAUACCUAAUGCUGUUAUUUAAAUUUCUGUACCAUGCACAAGAACUAAACCUUGACCACAGCAUCUAGUUUGGCUUCUGAUAGCGUGAGCAUCAGCUUGUUAGCCUGUAAGAGGUUGCAGGGCUGCCAUGUGUCACAUUUCAGGCGAUAACUGGCAGCAAAAUUGAUACCUCUGUCAGAGCAUCCUCCAGGCUUGCGCCCACACUGCCAGACAGCUGGCAGCUACUGACCCUAAAUCACUACUCUUCUGCUGCAGUGGCUGAGUGAUGACAUGAGGGGGGGAGGGGUUAGGGUGUCUGUGACAUAAAGUAGAUUUUUAUGUGCUUCACAAGUCACAACUCAGACAGUAAUUUAAAUAAGAGACGGGGCCGGAGAAAGCUCGGUCAAAAACGUGUCAAUCAGUCAGAUUGAACUUACACAUUGAGCGCAUGAGCGACUGCUCACGUUAAGAUUCUGAAGGUUGUAUGUUUCCUUCCUUUUUAUAGCUGCGCGAACUUAAUUUGGAGCAGUGUGCCAGUUUAGCUUAAAUCAGAUCGUCCUAUUGGGUCCAGUAAAUGUGGGACAUAAUGUGUUUACUGUCCCGAGGCUGUAAAGAGCACUGGACCAUACUCACACGAAUUAUGAAGUUGUCAGCCCCCAAAAUAUGUGCAGCCACAUCAGCAGUGACAACAGUGACGUGUGUGGGCGUGAAUGUGUGGGCUAGCAGAAGUAUAUUUUGGGGACUCAUUUCACUGUGAAACUAUAGCAUAUGAAACGUUUUGCAAUAUGAAGAAAUUUUGCAUCAUGAGGAUAUUUUUGGCGUUCCUCGCUACUUCAGUUGUUUGUUUUAAGGUGCAAGAUUUGGUUUUAGGAAGAGAUGCUGCCUGCAACUAAAGUCUUACUCUUUUAAGUAAUUCUAAGAAAUCUAGUUUGUCUGGUCUAUCAGUAAAAAGUCACUCAGAAUUCAGUAAAUGAGGUGCACAGUCUGUGUAGUAUGAUCAUAAAGACCAUUGUUAGAUGAUAAGUGUUAGUCCUAAGAAACACUUAAAGCCAAAUGUUGUCUUGAGUGUUUGUCUAAUUGUGAGUGUUUUUCACCUGAUUUUGAAAACAAGGAGAGUAAAAUAUUUCAUUUCCUUUGUGUGUGUCCACAGACUGUACUCCUGAGAGGUCAUGCCCACAGUCUGGAGCCACCUCUCCUAGUCACUCGACAUCCUCGCACACAUUCUCCUCCACCAAAUCCAAAGGCUCUCUGCGUCGACAAUCCAAAUCAGUGGUAUGUUGUACGCCACACGCAACUAUAUUUACUCUUUUUCUUGUCAACCCUCUAACGUGCUUGUGAAUGUAUGUCAAUGCCAUACAAUACAUUUCUAAAUUUACAUCCACAGACGUUUGUUUUUAAGUUCGUAACUGUUUCCUAACAAACAGGAGAUGUCUGAGAACGGUGGAGGUGGGCAGCUGAUGGUGAAGGCCCGCUUCAACUUCAAGCAGAAUAAUGAGGACGAGCUGUCCUUCAAUAAAGGGGACCUGAUCCUCGUGACGCGGCAGGAGGAGGGAGGAUGGUGGGAGGGCAUGCUCAGUGGCAAGACAGGCUGGUUCCCCAGUAACUACGUCAGGGAGAUCAAACCCUGUGGUGAGUCUGGACGCACUAGCGGGACCAUGAACAGAAUAAAAUGGUGCAAUCAGUUCAGGAGGAGCUGACCUCUGAGAUCAUAACAUCUUACAAUAAAAGCGUUUGAAAGAAAAAGCUGUGAGGGUCUGAAUGAGAUUUUUAACAUGCGUGGUUCCCCAAGACUUUGUAUAAAUACUUAUAACACAUUAUAAACUGUAUGUAAUAAUUAUUUGGAAAGAGAGUAAACGCUUAAAUACUCUGGCAUUAUCAGUUAAAAGCUAGUUGGUUACCUACUAUCCCAGCAGGUGUAGGUGACUCAGAAGUCUUCUUAAUUUUAUUUUUAAACUCCCAAACAGCGGUUUAAACUGUCUUGACAUUUAUUAGAAGGUUUUUAUUUAAAAUAUUAUUUUUUUAUAAGUUCCAAGUGGUUCUUCAAUCCAUUUUACCCUCUUCCACAGAAAAAACUGCCUCUCCCAAAGGAACACAGCUGACCAAGAACUACUACAAUGUGGUGAGUCAAAAUAGACGCAGUGUGUUCAAAAUCACCUCAUUUUGUGUUGUUUGCAUCUUUAUCUUACUUCAACCAGGAGUUAUUAAUACAAACCCUUUUAUUAUUUUAUUAUUAUUAUUAUUCACUGUUUGUAGAAGAAAAGUGUUUUUUUUAAAGAAUUGAAAUCAACUGUCAGAGCAAAUGUGCAAAGAGCCAAAAGUGAGGAUGACUUCAUUUCUUCACACCCAACUCCCCAAAAUACUCAUUACAUGAUCUUUAUGUUUUCUGUUAGUAUGACCUUCGCUUCGUGUUCUUUAUUUUUCUGAAGUUAUCUGUUUUUCAAUCAUACUCAUAAACAUAAUCAUACUGUGCAUGAAAUUCAAGAAAAAUAUGUCCAGAUGUUCCAGAUUGUGAAACCGUUUUGUCUGUAUUUAUAGGAAAUAGUGUGCUCACAUUUUAGCACCAUCAAUCAAACUCCUCUCUGUUACAGGUUGUGCAGGACAUCUUGGAACAUGAGCGGGAGUUUGUCAAAGAAUUACAAGCAGUCCUGGGUUGUUAUCUACGACCCCUGCAAGCCAGUGACAAGUAAGAUCAGUGAUGAGAUCAAUAUUGGGUUUAAAGCAUGAAAUACUAAAGAGUAAAUGUUUUUAGGCAGAGGUCGGUGUUUUUGGAUGUGCUAAAAUAAGAAAAAUACAUGUUUUACUUGUUUCACUUCUUCAUCGCGGAUGCUACAGCACAGUUGUUUUCUUCUCCGCUCAUGUUAAAUAUGUAUAUAUUCAGGCUGAGCAGCGCAGACGGCACCACCCUGAGUGGAAACCUGGAGGAGAUCCUCACCUUCCAGCAGGGGCUUUGUGUAGCUCUGGAGGAAUGUACCAAGUAAGUCACGCUUAGCUGGGAUCUUCACCAUAACUGUUAGAACAAGCCCUCUUAAGAUAAAUCAGUGUACCCCAUUCAGUGUGAUGGUAGUUUGAAUACAUGUUUUAGAGCUGCUCAUUUAUUACAGCGCAGUGAGACGGCUCAUUGUGUAUUAAACAGCACACACUUUACAAGCAUACUUGACCGUCGUUUUGCAAUCACUUCCUUCCUGCCAAAUCUCUUCUCUCUCACUUCUUUUCUGUGCGAGUAUUGACUUGCAAAGACUAAUUAAAGACAGUCAUGAUAACCAAACAGCCUAACCUAUUUUUCAGAGUUACAGGGUUUGCUCUUCUUGAUUUAAAAACAUCUAUCAAUGUUUAAAAUACACGCAUGCAGUGGUGGGGAAACUCUGACUCCCACUUAUAGCAGAGACAAAAAGCUGCUUUGGGGGAGGUAAAAGAGUGGAUUUAUAAAUCUUAGAAGGAAUGUGUUUGAAAAUGACAAGAAGAAAUGUGAAGUAUGCCCUUAAAUUCUUGGAAUACCUUCCCAAUUACAUAACUAAAUUAUAUAACUAACUUUAAAGAUACUCUUUUUACAGGUUUGAGUUAAACCAGCUCUGAGUAGGUCACCCCAAUAGAUGGUCUGCAUUUAUGUCGCUUAACCUGAAAUAAUUUGAGUCUUUUCCCUACAUAACCACCUCUGUCUUUACUCUGUCUUUACUUUCUUCAUCUCUCUAACCUUGUCAUGUCUCUCUGACGUUUCAGAGUCCCAGAGGGUCAGCAGCGAGUGGCGGGCUGUUACUUAAACAUGAUGUGUCAGAUCAAGACUCUGUACCUGGCUUACUGUUCCAGCCACCCUUCAGCUGUCUGCAUCCUAACUGAUCACAGGUCAGCCGCCUGCACACCACACAGAUAAUUACUCCUUUUGAAAAGACAAGUGUCAUUUUAAAUCAUGAAUGUAUUUCAAGAAUUUAACAACACAGAUUUAAAAAACAUCUUUUUUCUUUCAAAAGACGUAUAAUCCUCCAAACUAAAACAUGAACACUGGGUUUUUAGGGCUGUAGGGCGGUGUUAGUUUACUUUUCAACCUUUUCCUUGUCUUGGUUCCCCACAUUUAAAAUUCAACACAGGUUUUGACCAGAAAUGAUUCAGAGUGGACAGUUAUGGGUGGAAAUUCUUCUGUUUGGGGCGGCUGUGCCUCUGUGGUGGAGUCAGUCGUGAUUAGGACCUUGGGCAAGACACUUGACCCCAAACAACCCCUGCAGGUUGCAGUAGUGUGGGAAUGGGAUUCAUUAAUACUGAUAAUCAUAGCAAAAGGUUUUUGUGUUUUUUCACUGUGAUGUUGUUCAUUUGUUUGCAGAGAGUUGACACAACUGAUAAACUGAAGUUCAUGUUUUAACCACAAGAUGUCAGGCUUCCUCUCUGUAAAUGCUCUGGAGGCAACACUGAAUCUGAGCACCUCUUAUUAAGUCUCUUUGCUGUGCUCAACAUUGGCGCUGUAAAAAUGCACCAGCCUCAUUGAGGUUCCUGGGGUAUUCAAUCUUUAAAGUAUAGAUUUCAGUCUCUCUGAUUUCAGUCACUUUAACACAGUUAAACUGGUCCAAACUUGUUUGAAGAAGUUCUGUCACUGAUUCGACCUCAUGAGCAGCCGAUGUAGUCAAAUUUCACACAGGAAGCUGCCUGUCAACAGGAUACAUGAAGCUGUGGUUGUGUUGACAGGCAAGCGAGACACUUUUUCAAGGUAAGCACAUUUGCAUUGCAGUUGCAGGACCCGUCUUCUGACAUUCACUAUUACCAAACGAUACUAGCAACACUAUGUUACAUGAAUAAUGCUUUUGGUUACGGAAACUCAUGAAUGGUGUUACUUUUUUUAAGCACUUUCAGGUCUACAAUGGUGUUAAUCUGCCGCAGUCAAGUUUAAAUGUCAAAAAUAUGAGUGUGCUGCACACUUUUAACACCAUUGCACUUUUUUUGUGGUUAAACCUGCGUGGAAAAACAAACACGUUUUUCUUUUUUUCUUUGAUUCGCAGCUAGUGGCCUUUAGCAAUCUGACUAAUAAGUAGGAAUCUUUAAAAGCGCUCUGCUCGCUUUCUAGUCUUCUUGAGAUGAUGGGCUGUUUGGACUUAAGUGAGGUUUUUUUCACAAAAUACAAAUGACGUAUGAACAACAUGACGUAAAUUUACCCUCCAAAAUAUGAUCUUGUCAUAGAAUUUGUCUCCUAGCAACAUGUCUCAGUCUUUAGAGGCAGUCAUAUAUUUUGGUCAUAGAGUAGGCAAUUUAUUUAAAACCUUUUUUUGUGAUCAGUAACACUUUUAACAGCUUUAAUCGGCCGGCACUGCAUCCUGCAUGUGCAGCAGUCGAGGCAAAUAUUAGCCUUCCUCGAGCUAAAGGUAAAACCAAGAUACACUAAAACAGCAGCAGCAACAAUGAAACAGUGAAAUGACUUUGAGUAAAGUCUACCAAACCAACAAGAGCGAGCUGUAUUUUAAAUGUGUGAAAAAACUGUGUGUGAGCUGCCACUCAAAUUUUCUCCCAGUUGUCCCCACAGAACAACCACAGCUCAGAUUUUUGUUAUACAAUAAGACAUGUGGGUGUGCAGUUUUCUUUUAUUUGCAUAUUUCCAUUGUAUUAACCCUCAUGUAUCAAGAGUAAUAUGUGUAAUUUAAUCGAUUUAAUCAUAACCUUGAUACUGAAAUAUGCCACCACUUUACUUAAAGCAACAGAAUAGAAGAAUCAUUAUGGGAGUGUAUUUGCACCAGCAUCAGUGGUACUUUGCUACAUUCAAGAUCUAAUGCAGACAAAUAUAAUCAUCUUAAUGUCCUUUAACUCUGAUGUAAUCGGCCAGCAAAUAAACAAGUGAUGUGCAAUGACGUUAAUCAAUGCUGCGGCAGCAAUAGGAAGUAUGAUAACUGAACAAAUAUUAAAGCUCUUUAUAUGCUUGUGUAGUUUAUGAGCUACACAAGCAAACGAGAUGAAAAGGAGCUGGACUGACUGCUUUGAUGAGUCUAUAAAGUUAGGAAAGAGCUGCUAAAACCACCUUUCUUUCACAGUUUCUCUGGAAGAAAUAGAUAAAUGAUCAAAUUUAAUGUUAAAACUACGACAGAGUAUUAGGGCAACAUUCAGAAAAAAUAAAUAAAUUAAGAGUUUGAGAUUACAGUCGUUAAUUUACAGGAAUAAAGUCAUUACUUAUGAGAGUAAAGUUGUAAUAAAAUCAUUAUGAUACUUACGAUAAUGUGAUGCUGAUGUGCCAAAAGAUUGAGUAUCUCCUUGUUUGAGAAACCUAUAUUGAAGUACUUUUCUAGAAAUGCUCCAUGGCGCUCAUUUCAACAACUGUCAUCUUAAACAACAGGUGAGAAUAUAAGGACUUUAUUCUCUUAAGUAAUUACUUUGCUAUGACUUUAUUCUCGUUAGUAAUGACUUUAUUCUUGUAAGUUAACGACUUUAAUCGUGAAAUCUUAAUUUAUUUAUUUUUUCUAGGGCCACUUUUGAAAGUGCGUUUUAAAAUUAGAGGCACUGCUUUGAGUUCUUUAAGUGCUUUAAUGAGUGAAUAUUAGCUUUUACUUACAUUUUUUUAUGCUUACAUGCCAAAAUAAAAAAGAACGGUUUUAUUAAACAUUAAAGUGUUGCAAAUUGAUCUGAAUGUAGUUGAUAGUUAGAGAUUCAUCCAUCUGCAGCAACAUGGUGUAGAUGUAUAACCAUAUUAUACAGUCAGGGCUCCGUGUUAUAACUGUUAGACUUCAGGUCUGCUUGUUGCACUUUGCACUUGCCCAUUUAGGCCAAUAAAAAAAAACUGUCUGAGGAAAUCAUGUUAUCUAUAAAACCACAUCACCUAUUGUCAUACCCUUUUCCUGUGAUGCCGGGGCUUGGUCAGUGAUUCUCACUAUUUUGUCUCAUGAGCGCCUUUGCGUGUGUCAUAACUGAAGAUUUGCAUUAACUGCUGUCACUCCUGCAACCGUUGUCUCUACACCCAGACUUGACAGUAGCAUAGGUUUUCCCCCAGGCUAACUUCCACUUAAUGGACAAAAUCCAAGUUAGAAUUCAACUAAGUCAGGGAGAGAGGAAGCAUGAAAGCAGAAGGGACAGAAAAUUCCUGACUCACUAGCGAGACUGCUGGAGUUGGCCGGGAUAUGAUGGGGCCACAGAUGUCCUCUUUUGCCAGAUAUAUGCUGUUAUUUUCUGUAUGUACGGCUAAUAGUUCGGCUAUCCGACCACUGUUCACUGUCAAAAUUUAGCUCAUUGUCAAUCCCUGCUCAGGCCUCAAUCCGUUCAGUAAAAGACAACCGAUGUUGAGCUGAGAAGUGACUUUAGAGACACAUUUAUUGCGGUCUCUCAGCAGCCCCUCUGCUCUGUGGUCUGCUCUGUCUUCAGUGGACUUGCUCAGAAUCUGACUUUUGCAAUUAAGUGUUUUUUGUUGUCGUUGUUUUAAUUUUCACAAACAGUGAGGAGUUAGACAAGUUCAUGGAGAGCCAGGGUGCCAAUGCACCGGGGAUCCUGACCCUGACUACCAGUCUCAGUAAACCCUUCAUGAGGCUUGACAAAUACCCCACCCUGCUGCAGGAGCUGGAGAGACACGUGGAGGUAAAAUUUUAAAAACACAAUAACAUAUCUAACAUAUUGAACUUUAACUACUUUUCUUGCUUUAAUUGGGUGCUUGGGUUAUUUUUAGCUGCUAUGUCUGAUGUAAUUUGUUGUUUAUAUUCACAACAGGAAGCCCACCCAGACUAUGCAGACAUUGUAAAGGCCACAGCAGCAUUUAGGAGCCUGGUGGUAAGUCCGGCAUGCCCACGGAGCUCUGCAUGAUAGAGCUAUCUUUACUCUUUAUCAUCCUUGGUAAGCUCCUGCAGGGAUUUGGCAUUUUAUCAGCCCAGAACGAGGCUGAGUUAAAGCAGCCUGUAAGCCCCUAAUAUCAAUUCUCGAUUAUUGGAUCGUAAAGCAGCUCAGUUUCUAUCUUUUCCACAUUGCAUUAUGUAUUUCCUUAUGUUUCCUUCUUGGUAUCUAUUGACUUGACAUAUUAAGGUUUUUUUUUUCCCUGAAUCAUUUGCUUUUUAUUGUGUCAGACUGACUAAAACUUUCAACUGAAAUCAGACAAAUGAAAGUGCCCAAGCUUUCCCCGUCUGUCUUUUCGUGAUUGUGUCGUUCCUUCAGUGGGUGUGAGCUGAAAUGCGUUCUGAAAAGAGCAGUAGUUGAAACAAGCAACCGCAUUGUACCUGAGUGAAGAUCACUGAGGCACAGUUUCCUUGGUAGAGCACAGAGUUCCUCGUAAAUAUAGCUGAGGUGACUCACACCUGUGUCUGUAGAGGAGCUUCAGAGGAAAGCUGUCGGGGGGUGGGGGUUGGGGUGGGGGUGGGGGAGGGGAGUGUUAUAAAAACCAAAACCCUGACUUUUGUAAUUUGCAUUGAGUUUCCCUCAUUGAGUUUCUCAAUGUGUGGUUUGGUCGGGUAGGUGCAAAAGAACUUUUAGUUACUCCUCUGCAGCGCUUCUUCUAAAGGAGUGGAAACUGUCAGAUGUUGCAUCGUCACUUUUCUGUAUGAGGAGGGGGAGCCCCUGUUAGGCACCUGAAAACGAACUACCCUACAUUACAGGUGACUCCAUAUACCUUAGGAAAGGAUGGGGGAAAAAAGUUGCAUACACGGGUUACAUCAAAGAAUUUGAUAUGACCUGUUUUAACCUUCCUGUUUUCUUAAUUUAUAUUCAAAGUGAAGGAAAAAAUCAAGCUGCUAAAUGCUCUUUUUUCAUGAAACCAAGUCCUCAAAAGGACAAAAGGAAGAUUAUAAAACUCUUAAGAUAACAAGCUCCACAGUUUUUAGAUCUGAUGUGACUAGUAUAUGUGUUGCAUUUAUUUGUUGCAUUUAUUUGGGGGUUAUUUGCAAUAACCCACUUAUCUGUGAUGUGCAUUACAGCAAUUCGUACACCAUUAUUCAUCAUGUGCAUAUGGCAAUUUUCAUACCUCAUCUAUCCCACCAACUUACCCUCCAUUUCAUAUAUUCACACUCAGCACUUCUGUAAAUGUUGCACUUUGUAAAUAUUUCUCUUCUACUUUUACUCACCUUUAAUAUUUUUUUGUUGCAUCCUUAUUUUAUUGUUUUCCUCUAAAUACUUAUUGUCUUUUAUCUGUACUGCUUUGAGUCGAGCGGUCCUCUCAUCCAGGGCAUUUCAUUACACUGUUGACCUUGUUUAACAAGCACAUGACAAAUAAACAAAUCUUGAAUCUUUAGACACAGUGCCAGGACCUGCGGAAGCGUAAAAACCUGGAGCUCCAGAUUUUGUCCGAGCCGGUCCGAUCCUGGGAGGGAGACAGCAUAAAGAGCCUGGGCCAUGUGGCCUACAUGUCCCAGGUCCAUGUGAAAAAUGGCUCCAGUGAGGUGAGAGAGAAAACAGAGAAACUGUUGAUGGUCAUUUCAUUCCAUUGAAUUGUGUAAAGAUCUGUUUGUGUCAGCGAAAGCCUUAAAUUACACUCUUACAGCUCCAGUUCAAUCAAAGAGCUUUGGAUGGCCCUUUGGAUUGAAAACUAGUGAACGAUUUUCAAUGCUGACUGAGCAACAAAUUUUAACAGAGAGGUAAUUCACUUAUUAGCUCAUUAUUUGAGGUCCUUUGUCAGCUAUUAAGUGUUUGUCAGACUGAACGACUACCGGCAUAAAACAGCACAGGUCAUUGUAUCAUACUGGGUCAGGCACAAAAACUAAUGGAACUGACUCCUGCUGGUGACAGUAUAGAUAAAAUACAGGUAGGUUUUUUCCAUCAGGGAGGCUAAAGUCAUCUGUCAGAUAGGGAAUAACUAUUGAAGUUGUUUACCACCUUUUAUAAAUCAGGUUUUCUGCAUCUUUAGGUUUAAGAAAUGUAGCUAGUUCACUGCAAGUAGGUAAUGCAUCAAGUCACACAAUGACUGUAAGAAGCACAACUGUAUGCAUUUUGGAGUGGAAUAAUUAAAUGUCAGUUAUCACUGGACUACCACAAAGUCUCAUUUUCAGAACUAAUAAGUUCCCACUGCACAUACCAAAGUCCCUCCUGUCGUUAAUAUCAUCAUGCCCUACCUAAAGUGUGAAAACAGAACCUUAUAUGGGCCAAAAACUGACUCAGAGGCGUCUCCUCUCUCUUGUGUGGUUUCUGUGUGGUUGAUUUUGAGUUGGCGGACAUUUAGAUUCACCGUUUUUAUCAUUGCGAAAUGCUUUCCAAUCACUUAACCAGCCUUAAUAUUCAUCCAGUCUUCUCAUGAGUUGGUUUAAUUUCCUUUCUGAUAAAGAUUUUGUCAACAUAAUCGAAAAUAAGCGUUCUGGCUAAAAAUAGAUAUAUUUUUUUGAUUGAAGUCUUUUCCGUUCAUCAGCCACCCUGUUGCAUGUUGUUUAAGCAUUAUCAAACAUUGUUUUCAUUGCAACCAAACACUCUUUCUUUCCUUUGCAGGAAAAAGAGGAGCGCUACCUGAUGCUUUUCCCUAACGUAUUGGUCAUGCUUUCCGCCAGUCCCCGAAUGAGCGGCUUUAUUUAUCAGGUAAGGUAUAUUGGAUAGGCAAUGAAUUACUGUAAGGGUUAUGGGGUUUAAAUUCACAUGAGAAAUACCUACCAUCUGUUAGUAAUUUCCAAUUUCACACUCACUUCAGCUGUGUCAGGGAAUAACAGUCCCUUCCACCUUUUUAAAAUGAUUACUUAUUUCCUCUUCCUGUGUUUGACUCAUACAGGGAAGACUGCCACUGACAGGUACCACGGUAACCAGACAUGUGGAGGAUGCAGACAGCGUACACUACGCAUUUGACAUCACAGGUUUGCAUCCCGAGCUCUGGAAAGAAUAAUGAAUUGUAUUUCAAUGAGUUGUAACCCAGAAAAGACUCCUAAAUCAAGCAUUAGCUUGCACAGCUGUGGGACUGAUUCAGAAAAAAAUCCUCCCCUAGUUUUCCACUCUUCCCUUUGGUCACAGAUUGUAUGACAUGACUCUUGAGUAUGUAAUGUUUCAGGCGUUUCUCCCCGCUAGAUCCAUGUUUGCUGCUGUGGGUUCCAAGAAGGCCCUACUUUUUCAAAGAAAGUGAUCAACCUGAUACCUAAAUCUGAAGAAAUCCUUCUCUUUAAAACAUUUCUCAAUGUUUAAAAGAGUGUUAAUGUAAGCUAAGGCUACAGGUUGAUUGUGUUUACUCGCUGUCACGUUUUUUUGUGUGUUAUUCUUCAUGAAUUGCUAAAUUCAGAAGGAGCUGGAACAUUCACAGAGGGCAGUAAUGUGUAAUAAGUCUGAUUGUCCUUUAGGAAGCAUGAUUGAUCGGAUCACAGUGUUCUGCAGUAGUGCUCAGGAGCUACAGGAGUGGUUAGAGCACCUUCAGCCCUUCACUAAAGGAGGCAGCCCUGCAGGCACCAUCUUAAAGGUUAGGACGCACGUAUAUUUCUGCAAACACAUGCAUACUGUAUUGAUUCACACCAUUACCAAAAGUGCACUCUUGCACUGUGCUGAGGUGUGAACUGCUGCAAAUUAAAGUUCACCUUGUGGUGACAAUCUUCCUUUGGUUCUUUCUUUUUCUUAACUGUGUAAUGAAGACCGGGGAAGGAAAGCCACUAAGUAUGGUUGGCACUCCAACUCACCUGUCCCACCUGGGGAGCCUCAGCGCGGUCAGCCGCGGCCCACUGGAACCACCCAAAAUCAGCAAGCCCUGGUCGCUCAGCUGCCUGCGCCCCGCUCCCCCGCUCAAACCCUCCGCAGCGCUGGGAUACAAAGAGGUAGGAGGCUUGAGACACGUACGAGACGCGUAUACAAAUUAAAGCUGUAAGUCAAAGAAGGCGAGAAGUUCCCGCCGCUUGAAGCCCACUAAAGCCCACUUAUUUUCCCUCUCCAGUCAUUUCAAACCCCCAGAGUUUGAAUAAUAGAAGAGAAGUGGGAAACAAUCAUCUUUUCUCUGCUGCGAAUGAUACAAAUUUAGAAGUUAAGGUCACGUAUACAUUGGAAGUCCGAUCUGAUCUGGUGCUAUCUGGCGUUUUGAUGCACAACUACACUUUUGUCAAGCUAAAGAGUCAAGACAAGUUAUGUAAGUCGGAUUUUUUUCACUGCUGAACAUUUUCUAAACACUUGACUUUCACUCUGAUUGAAAGUUUUACGAUUUUUUUAUGGAGACAACAGAGUCUUUACAAACCAGCUUGUAGUGAUAUGCUUACAGAACGUUUGUGAUGUUUUGUAAUAAACAGAAACAGGAGAAAUGUUCCUCUUUUCACCUUGCACCUCUGUAACCAUUCCAUCCCUACCAUUAUUGAUCCAAACAACCUGACCAUGUGUAUCAAGGGACACUACUUACCAUUGUGUUAAAUAAACAGAAAGGUUAUUGACCAGCUGUUGGCCUGAACUGCUUACACUGCAUGUCAGUACCACCUAUUAUAAUUGAGGUCGGUACAUAUUAUCAUUUUACAUGAUGGAUUUUCUGUCAUUUCACGUUGGGAAAUUAAUCAUGUUAUGCUAACUGUGACUAACAUUACAUUCUUUGCUAGCACCUCAUUGUUACUUGAGACAGACAAUGGUGCCACCAUUAUGAUAUAGAUCCGCAGUGAUUGGACCAUGGGACCUGCUGAGUACGUUAGCCCUUAACUAAGACUACUAGAAGCUUUGAACAUGUGAAUUCUCUCUCGACUUGUUGUGUUGAGUUUGGUGACCUUGUUCUGAGCACCGCAGACAUUUCUGAUUGUGGUAUAGGUUACUGAACCACUCGCUCCCUCACGUUGCGAGGUCGAAUGCACCGACUCUUAAACAUUUUCUGCUUCAGCUUUGUUAAUUUUGCUGUAGAUUUAUUUCAAAUGGAACUUGUUUGAGACACGGCGGAGUCAAUUCCAGUUAAAGCACAGUGACCAUCGUGUCUUCACUGGUAUUGGAAAAUGCUGAGCGUACACUUGCGGUAGGUUUGAGCUGCCUGUCUUUAUGGUAUAGGUAGGAGGUAGAUGCUGCCUUUCUAGUUAUGACGGUCUUGCAAUGCCCUCAUUGAGACCUGUUUUGACUUGUUGCUUCACACCAACAGACCGCAAUCUAAGCAAGCCUUUAACCAAAAGGCUUCUGUCUUUGAAUUUCUAUGAGGUAAACACCCGGCUCUGCAAAGAUCAAGAAUAAGUCAAGGCCAGUAGGGGUGUAAAAAUGUUCACUCUCAAUCACAUUCUUCCUCUCGUCAUAUUUUUCAUGCACAUUUUCCUUCUUUCUCUCUGUCUCUGUCCUGCCUUCUGUAGAGGAUGUCUUAUAUCAUAAAGGUAAGGUUAGACCAAACUCUGUUUCUGUGUUUAUGUGAAGGGGGGUGAGGAUGGAAGCUUGGGGGGAGGGAGGGGGGAUCAGAGUUGGGUUGCUUGUGUGUGCGUGUUGCGCUAGCAUGCCAAUGCUGUGUUUGCUUUACUCCUCCCUCGUUGUCUCACGCUGGGUUUCCUGUUUUCUGCGUCUCGCUCUUUUUUUUUCUCACCAUGUUAGUAGAGUAUCCUGUCAGUUAUGAGAUGAAAUACUCGUCUGAUGUAACUAUAGUUUCUACUGGAAGAGGAGUUUUUGGAAAUCAUCACAGAGAGUUGAAAGUUCAGUCAGGUUUUCUACCACGCAGCCCUCGACUGCGUUUACUCCAUGUGUCACGCUGUCAUGGGUUAGGUGAUGUCUGCUGCUUUGAGUUGGUUCCAUGAUACUGGAAAACCUGGUAGACAGGGAACACAAUCAUCAGUAUUUUCAAGGAGGUAUUUCAGUGCUGAACACUUCAUUUUAAAGAUGCUUCAAGGCUGGCAAAUUAGACUAUGGCUUAAAUCACCUUAAAACUUAAGUGGUUGCAAUGUUAUGCAUUUAUAUUGCAGCUUAAUGAAGGAUAUGUAGCAUUUAGUUAAAAAGUUUAAAAGAUAAAAUAAACCCGACAUACUUUUUCAUGUUUUUUUAAGUGUUUUAGAUGUAAUGACACUUGUUUUAUACUCCCCGUAAAUAAUAACCUAUAUGUAAUCAUCCAACUCUACCCACUUCUCAAGCGCAUGAUUAGCUUAUCUAUGGUUUGCACUUUAGCCUUCUGCUGUGAUUAGUUGCCAAAUUAGUAGCAAAGAUUAGUCUCAAGGUGGUAAGUGUGACCUACAACCAUUACAGUUUAGUCUUGUGUUGAGGGAACCUUGAAAUAAACGUUAGAUUCCUUCUGUGUUUGCUGGAUGUGUUUGCAGAUAUGUAACGUGUUUGCUGUAACAGCUUUCUAUGUAAAGGCCUCGUCUGUUGUGUGCUUUCUGUGGCUUCGGACAUGAACAGUAGACAGUCAAAGUGCCAGUGUGCAUCGGCAUUUAAGGAACGCAAGAUGAUAAAAUCACCAGAUGAUAAGAAAAGGUGCAUUACCUCAGCUCUCUAUGUCUACAGAGGGUAAAAAUCCACCUCACCACAAGUCCACUUCAUGCACUGCUAUCAGUUUCCAAGAACUGAGAAACUCAAGAAUAAGUAUACCAGAAACCACAUUUAAGCUUUUACAUUUUUUGUCAUUUUCAUGGCUGCGAUAGCAUCUCCUGUAGACCUGCAAUCUUCUGUUUCACUAUAUGUGAAUAAGUCUCUUGUAUUGUCUCUUGAAAGUUACGAAACUAGUGCAAAACUUGUACUCCAUGCAUAAUGCUAUAUUGGUGCACUCCUGGAUUACCAUUGGCACACCUCCCACAAACCCCCUCCUCUCUCCACUCAGCCAAAGAACCCCAUUGCACCCCAAGUAACACCCUUUCAGCAGAGGACUAAUCAUGAUGUAAAAUAUUAAAACAGUAGUGUUUGUAAGUCAGGAGUUUCACUUCACGUCUGCAUUUGCGAAAGCACAGUAAAUUCACCAAACCGUUACUUCUAGUCAUUUAUUCUUCACACCUGUUUUCAAAACCAAAACUUCACUUAUCAACUUAAAAGGGAACCUCUCAUUCAUAAAACCACAUCAAUGUGUUUUAAUACACUUAUAAAAGUGAAAACCUCCCUGUAAAGCCUUGAAUGUUUAGUGUGAUUUUCUUCCUUUAAAGCCAUCAGUAGCCUGUCUUUAAAAGGAUUUAUGUACAGGGAAAACGUGACAAAAACUGUUUCUUAAUGUCUGUAGGCUCGUUUGAGUCGGGAUUCCCAACAUGCCUGCUGCCUUGUUUGUUGAUGCAAUAUGUUCAUCGAUGUUUGUUCAAAGGGAUCUGAUCCUUGUAAGCUUGCAUUCUGUUUGGUUUUGGAGCCUCUGCUUAACAGGUGUGUGUUUAGCUGUAUAAGUGUGUGUUUAUGACGAAGAGAUGAUCUGAAUCUUUAAUGUCACAUUCCUCCAGGACUCCAGCAAGAGCCCGCGGCCCAUGAAGAAGUUCUUGCCAGGCAACAGGAAGAAAGAUCGGAAGCCAUCUGAUGACGAUGUUCAGACACGGAAAAGUAGGAAUUCUGUCUCAGGCUUAGAGAAAAUGUUUAGUCAGUGUGUCACAAAGAAAAUUACGGCAAACUUGAUGUUUUACGUACACCCAAAAUGAAUGGUAACCCUUUCUUUUACAGUACACUUAUUACCAGGUAAUUAACAGGUAAUUACCUAGUAACAACAUGAAAUUAUUUGGUAAUUACAUAAUAACUAUUAAGUCAAUACUGUCUAGCUACCAGGUACGUAACCUUCCAUCAUCAUACAAAUUUGAAGCCAAAUUGCUUUGGUAUUGCCAGGAUUUUCUCCGCUUCCUGGAACCACCAUUUGCGCAGUAGCAAAUUCGGCGGGUGAGUCGCUGUGAUAAUGCUCGGCUCAAACAGCAUAUCGCUACGCAAUCUUCGCACGCCCAGAGGCUGUAUCAAGUGUCAAUCAUAGAAAAUAGAAGGACUCCCAAAUAGCUUUUGAAAAUGGAUCUGCACAGAAAAAAGAAAAAAAGAAAAACUAGACAGUAUUGACUUAGUAGUUAUCAUGUAAUUACCAGAUAAUUUCAUGUUGUUACUAGGUAAUUACCUGUUAAUUACCUGGUAAUAAGUGUACCGCAAAAGGAAGGGUUACCAAAAACAUAAAAACUGGGGGAUUGCAAGAGCCCCUUUCAUGACAUACAUUUAUGAUUGAAUCUGAUUUUGUCAGGCACUGUGGCCCUGGAGGAGGACGCUCAGAUACUGAGGGUGAUCGAGGCGUACUGCACAGGAGCCAGCUUGCACCAGACCAGCACAGGUCUGUUUAUGAAUAAGAAAAACAAUAGAUAGUUUCUCUUAACCCUCCUUAGACUAUACAUCUUGAACAGCUAAUAGGGCCAUGAAUCAAGCUUUCCCAUUAACGCGCCUGUGUGUGUGUGUUGACACAGCGGUGCGGAAAGAGUGCGUCCCUCAGGUGCUUCUGCCAGAGGAGGAGAAGAUCAUCGUGGAGGAGAUGAAGAGUAACGGGCAGACUGUCAUUGAGGAGAAGUGAGUGGUUUAUUACUUUGGAAGAUAUGCUUUGAUUUUCUUAUUGCACUAACAGUGACAGAGUGGGCUUUGUUCUUAUUUCUGUUUGGUUCCAGCUGUCCUUUGUAAUCGCACUGAGAAAUGUAUUAUUGAUCCUAAUACAGAACUAAUCCUAACCUAAUACCACUGUAAGAUUUGAUGCCAGUCUAACUGUGAUACACAGCUGUGAUGGGAAUAACCGCGCUUACCUUCCUUUGAAAUAACAUGUUUAUGUAAAGACUAAAUAGAUAAUGAUGAUCUGUGUUUAUUUCAGGAGUCUGGUUGAUGCUGUUUAUGCUCUAAAGGACGAGGUUCAUGAACUGAAAAAGGUUUGUGUGAGCUGUGAAGUUAAUCAUUGUCUUUUACUUUUUGGUUAAACGCUCUUUUUUUUUUUUUUUACUUCUAUCGGAAACAUGGUUAAGUGUCCAAGCCUGAUGCAUGGUUGGGAUUAUGGUUGAAAGAAUCAUUAAAGCAGCUGCGAGGAGCAUUUCCCUGGUUACAAAAAAUACAAAAAAAAAAUGUUUUUUUUAAACCCUGAUAGCAGCCAGUAGAUUGGUUCCUUCUACAUUGUAGUAAUAAAAAUAGUGAUAACCAUAAGAAUCAUUAUUUGUAUUAGUAGUUGUAGUAAGAGUAAUAUCUGGUAGUUGGUAUGCUUACAUGACGCUCAAAAAGUCUAUGUACUGCAGUAAUCAGAUUAAAACUGGACUUUAAAAAAUUCUGUAAACACAUUAGUCUGACUAAAAUUGCACUUACAAUAUUUAAACUUCUCAUAGUCAGAAUUCGAAUGCCGGGUCUUGGCCUGGAAGUUAAGUAGCCUAAAUACGUUUAACAAAACCUCAACAGACAGAUAAAGGCUGUAAAAAGAGGCACAACUGUUGAUUAAAAGGUUCGGAGCUGUGAAAGUGACAAGUGUUUUCAUUCAUGUACAUCAGAUUAACCACUUACUCACGCCUUCAUUAAUUGUUUUGGAACUUAAUUCAUCAACCAAGAGACGAGUGGAAAGGAAGAAGCUGAUAAGGGCCAUGACCCCAUUCUCUAUAGCAGAGGCGGACAUGCAUCUUUCAAUGUUUGAUUCUUGUCCGGUGCUUGUAGACUUGUACAAGAUUGUGAUUCAGUUGAAUCUCUUAAUCAAGCCUUAAUCGUAGCUUGACUGAACUGUAGACGUACUGAAUGCUGCUGCAGGGGUAGAUGUCAUAUGAAGUCAUGAUUAUUGCCGAGAGAUACUUUGUACUAGAAAGAUAAAGCAGGAUUAGAUUUUGUGUUUUGAACAAUUAUAGCCUGUGCGUGUUCAGGACAAAACCAUCAAAGAGAGUGGAUGUACGCAUCUGUCCACAGGGGGCGCCAAAACCAACAUAAACCAGAAAAUUGCUAUAAGAGCUCUGAUAUAAGAAUUCUUCCCAUUUUGUACAUAGAAAAAUAAAAUCAAGAAUAUAGUGAGAGUGAAAGAUUUGAUAAACAUAUGAAUAUGUAAGAUAUAGCUAUUUCCCUUUUUAAAUGACAUUUUCUUAUAAAUGUAGUUCCCUAACGUAUUUUUCAGCAGCAUUUAUUGUAAGUGAAACCAACCACUUUGGCACAGACUGAGUUUUAGGGGCUUAAAUUAAAAUCAGACUGAUGAAUCGUCCUGUUUUGUCCACAGGGGGCGCCAAAACCUACAUAAACCAGAAAAUUGCUACAAGUGCUCUGAUAUAAGAAUUUUUCCCAUUCUAUGCAUUAAAAAAAAACAAGAAUACAGUGAGAGUGAAAGAUUUGAUAAACAUAUGAAUAUAUAAGAUAAGGCUAUAUCCCUUCUAAAAUGACAUUUUCUUAUAAAUAUAGUGCCUAAUGCUUUUUCCAGCAGCAUUUAUUGUAAGUGAAACCAACCGUUUUGAUGCAGACUGAGUUUUAAGUGCUUGAAUUAAAAUCAGACAGAUGAAUUGUCCUGUUUUGUCCACAAGGGGCGCAAAAAUCAACACAACUUUAUUUAGGGAAUAACCUUUCUCUGCACUACUUCGCAGCUUCUGUAUAAAUAUCAGUACAUAGCCAGUAAAUGUUUCAUCACAUUACUUUAGCGGCUUAAACUGACUUGCUGGUCAAUCACACAGACUUCACAAAGCUGCUGUUGUCACUUUUGUUUUACAGGAGAACAAAUGGAUGAAGCAGUUUCUGGAGGAAGAGCAGAAGUCUCGUAAAGAGCUGGAGAGAGUGGUUCGGAAACUGGCCAAGCAGAAGAAUGACUGUGCCUGGGAAGACGGUGGCCACUGAGCACAUUCACUUGAUCAACCUCAUCCGGGUGUGGCUGUGUGUGAACGACUGAGUGAGUGUGUGUGUGUGAGUAAGGUUAUGUAAGCAGGCUUUGAGAGGGACAGAAAGGCUGAGAUUUGUGUGUGUGAGCAUGUGUGUGUGUGUGUGUGUCUAUUAACUUCACAUCUCCAUAUGCUAACAACAACAAAGUUGGACUCGCUCUCUGGCGAAUGUGUAUUGAGAAUCUUCGCUGCAAACCCCGUGGCGUGAUGUGACACUUUGUCUGAAAUGUAAUCGUCUUCCUGAUCCAGCUUCUCUCUUUGAGACUCCAAACAAGCCUCUUCAUGAAGCAGCUAAGCUAAACUGAGACUGAUCGAGCGGGAUGUUCCAACCAUGCUGCACUGUGAAUACUCCCCAUACUAGUGGAAAAAUUUAGUACGAGGACUAAAAGCGUUCUCUGCUGCUUCUCUUGCUUCAUUUGGAAAAAAGAAAAGGAGUACGAAGCCAUCAUGUCCAAUACAAGUUCUCUUGCAUGCACUUCUGUUUUCAAGAAGACUGAUUUUCACCAUAAUUCCCUUUUUUGGUCAUUGUCAUUUUUUACCUGUCACAAAAACUCCCAGCGGGGUAACGGGUUUAUUGAGCUUUCAUGGGCAUGUGUGAUUCGCUUUUUGUCAUCCAAGACAUUCAUUUUACACGAUUCUGGGUGCUUUUCUAGGACAUUUCAAAAAAUCAGGUUGGGUAAUCAUGCGACAUUUAAAAAAAAACGCUUGUUACAGUUUAUUUUAAAAACUGCAUGAAUGUACAGCAUUCCUACAGGAUAAAUUCUGCAUCAGAAAUGUGAUUAUCAAGUUAUUCAGAUAUACAGAGCUUUCAAGGAUGAAGCUUCAAUAUAGAAUAGAAAAAGGCUGAACUAUAUAUUGUUUAUAAUACAAAAGUACGCAGAAAACAACAAAGAUGUCAGCUCUACUUUUCUUACUAAAAUAUACUCCUAUAACAGUUUAACAUAUUAAAGACAUAGCCUUGCAUUAUUUUGGAUUUUUAAAGAUAUUCUUAAUUUAUUUCACACCCAAGUAUUUAACUGUGGUGUUAGCCUUUAUAGAUGUAGUUUUGCUGCCUUUAAACCUGCAAUUUUAUUAACCUGUACUGGUGUGUAAAGGCGGGAAACUAUCACUGUUUUAGCUGAGGGGAAAAGGACAUCUAUCUAGCGGAGAGUUGGAAAAAUCAUUUUUAUUUUCAGUUUCUUGUUCUCAGCUUCCCGGCAGGUUCAUGCAGAGUUUAGACAGAGGAAAUAAAGACAGAGAUUUAUUUGUGCAUUAAAAGUCAAGCUCAUUGGUUUUAAGUGCCUCCCGAAAGGGUCAAUAAACUUUUCAAGCAAGUUGCAGACCAGAAAAGGACUAAAUGAGUGAUUUACUUUGCAAGUGUCGCAGUUGGUGUGUCGUAUUAUUUCAAUAGGAAUGGCGCAGUGUUAACGGGUCUGAAAACGUACAGGGCUGAACUUCUUUUUAAGCUUUGUUAGAUGCACAAGGACCCACAACGGUACAUUUCCUCAUAAGGUUGAUUGUGUGUGCACUGUUAACACUGUUAUGUACUCUUGCUGUGACGUGGAGCAGCAGUGGAUGUUACUGAAAUGCAAUAAAUGACUGUUUUACUGGCUGAACUCUGGGUCUGACCCAGCAUUGGGGGCCAGGUUUGGAGAAAUUGCAAUAAUAAUAAUAAUAAUAAUGAUGAUGAAUAAUGAAUGAAUUAACCCGAUAUAUUAACCAAAAAGGGCCAAGCCAUGUGCGGCUAUGCUUUUUUUUUUCAUUUGCCUUUAUUAAAUUAUGUCUCCUGGUGUUCGUGAUUCUUUUAAAAAUCACUUUUAGGGCCAAGUUUCCAUUAGAUAUUACAAAGGGUUUCAUCAGGCUGUACAAUUUGUAUUUUUGUAAGCACACAUCUGUACAGUUCAGAGGACUUGAGCAGGAAAAAGUGCUGCUUUGUAAUCACAGCAGCUGUACAGACGUGUGCUUGUCUCGACUGUCUCAUCAGAAGUUGUCAGUGGACAUCGAAAUCAAAGGUGUGUUUAUUCUCUGAGUUGUUUUCAGUAAGUACCGCAUACUGUAGUUUUGGAUUCCCAGCAGCCUCAGUGAGCACUUACUGGUGGGAGGGGGUUGAACACCGGCUUGUUUAUCUGAAAUGAUGUCUCCAGACCACUGUGUGUUUGUUUGUUUGUGUGUCUGUGUGAGUGUGAGUGUGUGUUUUGUUUAUUGAAAGGUUCUAUGCAAUUAUUGUUGCAAGUAUUGUAAUGCUUACUUUUUUUCUAGACACUCUGUACUUUGUGUUUGGUAUGGUCAUUCUUUUAUUAAAGAUUUAAUAUAAGAAUGGGGUUUUGAGCUUUUGGUGUCGAUUGGAGUCAGAAAUGAAAAACCACACACAGCAGGGAAAAAAAGAAACUGCCUGUUUUACUUUGUUCUUACUGGAAAAUCCACCCAAGACAAGGCUUUUCCACGCUGUAUUCGGCACAUAUGCAGCUCAGGAUCUUUGUGGGUUCAGUUUUUGGUGGCAUGACACCAUUUACAGGGUGGAAGGAUUGACUAGAUAACAUCCUGUGAGUGUGCGCUGCCUCUGCAGCUAAUCACACCUCCAUAGAGUUUCACUGUUUCCGUGCUUUGAGGUGUUAAUUUCUAUCCUGUGAUGCACCGCAUGUUGCAUUUUUUACAUUACUCAUCCCUUCUUAGUAAAGCUUUAUCACUCAUACUCAUACUCAGACAUCUAGAUUAUGGUGAAUCCAGUAGUUAAAAAUAGAUCAAGCCAUGUCACUUGAGUUUUCUUGAGAAAUUUACAGUAAAAGGUCGUGAUUUAGCCCGUUUAGUACAAAAACCUAAAAGUUCUACUAUGUUUAUUGCUUUAUUUCAGAUAGUUGUUUUAAGUCUACCCCUAGACCACUGGUUCAAACUCAAGUCUGAAGAUUAAAUAGCAGAUUCUUCGGUUUUUCCUUUUCUGUCAGAUUUUGCAUUCAAAAUGUUACAUCAACAAUAAAUUGUUCAAAAGUUUGAUUUUCAUAUUUUACAAAAUUCUUCAGCUUGUAACGCGGUUUCUUCCAAGAGAAUGAAGAAAAGGGAUCAUCCAGUUUGAAUAAACUUCAAGAGUUUGACAAAUAUUUUAAACAUGAAUGGAAACCAAUGUCUGCUUGAAGGGUAGAGAACAUCAGUGGGGAAAGUAAAUAAGCAGUCCUCUUAAGAAGGUGAAAAACAAUCAUGCAUGUGAUUCAUAAAGCGGAUUUUGACCUCAAACAUGUAACAGAUUUUCUCUUAUAUUGCUGGAAACAGUGUGCGGCUAGCUGCGCAUCUUAAAAACAUCCUUGUCACUGAGCGUAACUGUACCUCCUGAGAGCUAAAUGACAUCUUUGUGGUUAUUUUUUUUGUUAUAUAGCAACAUAAAAGCUGCUGCUUGUGCUACGCGGUUUCCCCUGUCCUAGAAAUCUCAAACUGAAGUGGUAUUGACUGAGCUCGAGCGCACAUUGCAACAAAGCCCCUUAGCCAACAUAAAGAGUUUCAUUACUUCGUAAAGGGAUGGCUUGUUCUUUCAAGUGGGGUCUUCAUGGAUGUGGUGAUUGUAUAUUACCUAAAACUAACCAAAAGUAUGUAGUAGAUCUGACCCUGUUCCCGCUGUGAUUGUUGAGCUGUCAUUCUGGUCCCCGGGCCGGUUUCUCAACAAAAGGGCAGAGCUGACCAGCAUCCCCUGGGUAAUACACUAAUAAUUAACAAGUUACUCAUACAAUCCCACAUAAAAGAGAGCUAACCAAAUGUUUGAAUAUCAUUGUCUUCAUUAAAGUUGUGUACCACAUGUCAUCACUCUUGAUAAGCAUUUCAAGGUCUUGGGAUUUACUCUUUUUUGACUGAAAAAAUGUGUCACUCUUUUAUUCCACUUCCCAAAUUCACUAUUCAUUGUACAGAUAUGCUUCUUACUGACAUUAAGAUGCAGUAUAGUUGUGUUUAAGUCUGGUGUGUUCACCCCCUCAACUUCCUGGAACAGGAAGACACAUGACAAAAUGGAGAGAGGGAGCGCAAUUACUUUUGAUUAAAUAUCCACUUUACUUUUCCUUUCAUUCUCACAACAUCUACCAAAAUAAAUACAAAAAGAACUAUUUACAUUUCUGGAAAACAAAAAACAC